UUUUACUUUUGAGAGCGUCCAGCGGAUGUAACGUCUAAUUUUUGAGAUGUCAUCGUUGCUCGUCAUUUCUCGGCCCAAAUUCUGUUUAAACUGGAAAACGGCGGAAUCCGCCGGGUCCGCGCCUGGGAACCGGUUCGGCAGGUGACGGCCCCAGGUGAAUGACCAUGUGGGAGAAAACCUUUCUGCUGCUGCUUAUCGCUGUGGAAGCUGCGGCAGCGUCUCAGUGCUGGCAGGGGGCGACCUUCUCUGAGUCCGUGGUGUCUCCAGCAGUGGAGAGCAGCGGGAUCCUGCGGGUGCCCGGCGUGGCAUCGCUGCCUCAGUGCGUGGCGGCGUGCUGCGACUUGCCGGGCUACGACCUGGCCUGGCUGUUCGAGGGUCGCUGCUACAUCCUGAGCUGCCAGCAGAGGGAGAACUGCCGGCCCAGACAGAGGCCCGGGGCCGACUCCUUCCUCGCCUUCCUGCAGAGGGCUUCGCCACAGGCGCUGGUGCUGCAGUCUCUGGUGAGGGGAGCGCCCCGCCGCAGGCCCCCGCCCCAGCCUUCAGAGGCCCCCGGGGACGUGGAGGCUGUGCAGGAUCUGGCUCUGUUUGAUAAACCAAGACGGGACUUCUCUGACUCCGGGACCCUGGACGUGGAGUUACCAGAGGAAAUCCAGGAGCAGAGAGGCGGUGCUGCUCCAGAGACAGUGAUGACCACCCAUCAAUCGGCUUUAAAGGGAAGACACAAGUUCAACCAGUCAGAGGCUGAGCCUGGUCCGACCGCCAGCACCGUGAGCAAGCCUGCAGCCUCCUCUGUGGGAAACAGCAGUCAGGGGCCUGAGGACAGAAGCAGGAGACCCACAGACCCAGCACUAGUUAAGGGAAUGAUGGAGAUACGGAGUGGCACUAAUCCUACAUCCACUGACUCCACUCAGGAGAACGAAUGGUCAGUCGCCUCCUCUGCUGCUCCCAGUGGCAGCAUGAACCCAGUUGGACCCUUGCUGGUGUCCGUGGGAAGCCCUGUAGCACUGGCACCGCCCAUAGUGGCUAAACCUGCACCUGACUCACUGAGCACCAUCCAAGCCCAGGGCUGGGCCGUGACCUCUGACCCCAGCAUGCCAUCGGCAGACACACCGUGUGCUACAACGGCGUCACAGCUCAGAGGGGCAAACCGUGGGCCACUGGCUGUUGUGGGUCCAGACAGGACACUGUUUUUUCCAGUGAGCAGCCUAUUGCUCAACGGCAGCAGCAGCACAGAUGACCGUGGCAUCGUCCGUUAUCACUGGGAGGCCGUCAGGGGUCCUCCAGGGUUAAACAUAGAUGGAGUGGGUCUGGCUGUUGCCACGGUGACAGGUCUGCGAGUGGGGCGAUACACCUUUAGACUGACAGUGGCUGACCAGCAGGGAGCGACUGACAGCGCCUCGCUGACUGUUUGGGUGCAGGAGGCCACAAGCCGUCCCCCGGUCGCGCAUGCCAGCGGCAGCCACACUCUCACGCUGCCCAACAACUCGCUGGUCCUCAGAGGCUCCAUGACUGACGGGGCCCAGGCUGAGGUCCGCUACCUCUGGGUCAGAGACAGCCAGAGUCCCGCUGCUGGGGACGUGCUGUACGGCUCAGAGACCCAGGCCUCACUGUACCUGGCCAACCUGGUGGAGGGAACCUACCUGUUCCAGCUGAAAGUAAACGACGGCCACGGGCGCUCCAGCACCGCCACAGCUACCGUGGAGGUCCGACCCGAGCCUGGUGGCGGUGAGGAGGUGGAGCUGGAGAUGCUGGUGUCCGUGUCCCAGGUCAGCGUGGCUCAGAAGGACAAGGUGGUCCAGCAGCUCGCCGCCCUGCUCCACGUCUUGGACGAGGACGUCCAGGUCCGAGCGCUGCGGGGCCACUCGCACCUCAGCACGGUGCUGCGGUUCUCAGUGCGGGGCCCCUCGGGGUCUCUGUCCAGCUCCAGAUUAGUUCAUCUGCUGAGGAGCCAGCUGCUUACAGAGAAGCGCGACUAUUUGCUGUUUCGAGUCCUGAGAGUCGACACAGUCUUGUGUCUCCUUCGCUGUUCAGGCCACGGUCAGUGUGAUCCCGUCUCCAAGGAGUGUUCCUGUGAUCCUUUCUGGACGGAGAACCUGGUUCGACGUUAUCUUGGCGACGGGGAGAGCAACUGUGAGUGGAGGCUCCUGUAUGUUGUCCUCACCAGCUUCAUGCUCGUGGUCUCCAUCCUGUCCGUCAGCUGGACCUUCGCCUGCUGCUGCAAGAGGGGGAGACAGGCCAGGGUGAGGAGGAAAACCAAGUACACCAUCCUGGACAACAUGGACGAGCAGGAGAGUGUGGAGCUUAGGCCCAAAUUCAGUAUCAAACACCGCAGCACCGACCACAACUGCAGCCUGAUGAUGUCUGAGUCCGAGCUGGACAGCGACCAGGACACCGUCUUCAGCAGAGAGCGGCCCGUCCGCAGCAGGAACCGGCUCAGUGCUCGGGCCGCCCACAACGGACAUUCCUUCGGAUAAUGGGGGGAACACACGGACGUGACCCCGCGGGACAGAACAGUGAGACUACAACACCCAGGGGUCCUGUCCAGUGAGCUCAGUAGGAGGAACCAGGUCCCUGAUCCAUGUGAGACUCAGGACCAGGAGGACAAACCACAGGAUGCUUAGGUGGAAACCAACAAAGGACAACCUGAUAUCCCGAGAUGACGUUUGGCUUUAGCACAGGCUCAGCUCACGCACUAGUAGCUAGUAGAUGCACCUUUGCUAGCCUAGGCUAAUAACUGCCUGGUGAUGCUGCACUACGCUAGUAACUGGCCAGUGAUGCUUUGCUACGCUUGGAUAGUAACAUGACAAAUCUAAUUGACUUUAACAUCAGAUACAACUUACAAUACAUACAAAUACAGCAAAGUCAAUCUCUGUUGUAUUGACAAAUGUGUGUGACUUAUGCAUAACACAAAAUUAUUACUCUGGUUUCAGCAGUAAUGUGAUGUCACGUUACUGCAUGUAAUAUUGCAGUUUCACCUUUAUUGUCCAUUAUUAUUAGAAACAAAAGGUUUUUGUUAAAGCCACUGGACAGGAUCAGGUCAUUAACGCAAACAUCUCCACCAGACGAACUGAUCCAGGAGGUUGAAGUAACAAUUACUUAGUAAUUUCUUAAACAACAUCAAAUGAAGUGUUUUAAUUCUAACGUUACACUCUGUUCUGCUGUUAAGUGUCCUACACUACAACAGCUCAUGAGGACACAUCUGCAUGCAGCCAACAUUAAAAUGAUGUUUCAUUUAUGAGCAUGAUAAUUGAACUAUUUAAGUGAAUGUUCAAUGUAUAAAUGACACAUUUAAUA